AUGGAAUGUAUAUCUUCAACACAGUAUUCUAUUGCGUUGAAUGGUGGAGUAUAUGGAUGUAUAAGGGGACUGAGACAAGGGGAUCCUAUAUCCCCCUUACUCUUUGUAAUUUGCAUGGAGUAUUUCGCUAGAAUAAUGCAAUGGGUGGCAAAACAACAAGGAUUUGAAUUUCACACUAAAUUUAAGAGUAUGAGGCUGAAUGAUCUGUGUUUUGUGGACGACAUGCUCAUAUUCGGUAAAGAGGAGCGCAAUUCAGUGGUCCUGAUGUUAAGAGGGUUAAAAACCUUCUCAAUGACUUCUGGAUUGACAACUAAUGCCACAAAGUCUAAUAUAUUCUCUGCAAAGAUGGAUAACAAAGAUUUAGAUGAGUUGUGUGAAGUAACUAGGUAUGCCAAAGGAAUUCUACUAUUUAAAUACUUAGGAGUUCCUAUUUCAUGGGGAGAGUAUAUUGCAAUGGCUGAAGCUUACGGUAGUGAACCAGAGUAUCCAGGGGUGGUGGACAAGAAUUGCAAGACGAGCAAAAGGAAAGAUGAGCAAAGCAUUUCUAUGGAUAGUGUCUGCAGGCCCCGUGUACUAGAUAUGGAUGGCAAGAAAUGA